AUCGAAAAUGAACAGGAAGUGAAUGAGGCUAGUAAAAGACCCGACAACCAGGCAUUUCCACAAUUGCCACCUCAUUGCCACUCCGAUUGCGCGUGGCGGCGAAGCGGAUUACAGAUGCGAGCCUCGGAGGCGCUCCCCUUAUCAUACAAGACGGCCGGCUGGCCCAAUGGCAAGGCGCUUGACUACGAAUCAAGAGAUUGCAGGUUCGAUCCCUGCGUCGGUCAAUCUUUUUGUGUUUUUGUAUUUGUUUCAUUUUCAUCAAAUAUCUUUUUGUUGACCUUGACACAGUAA